CAUAAAGCACUUCCGCUGUGUUCUACGUUAGAGACGUUUGGUAGUUGCGUCAAGAAGAUUAAAAGCAGUCGUUCUGUUGUUUGUUAUAUAAAGUAACACCAAAUCUAAGCAUCUCCAAGCGGCACUGAUCGCUGAGAUCUUUCAUCUUUUGAAGUAAUCGCAGUAUUAUCGCAUGUCCAAUAUACAGAACCUCCAGUCCUUCGAUCCCUUUGCUGAUGCAACUAAGGGUGAUGACUUGCUCCCGGCUGGGACUGAGGAUAAAAUCCACAUAAGGAUUCAACAACGGAACGGCCGCAAAACGCUGACCACAGUGCAAGGCAUCUCCGACGAUUAUGAUAAAAAGAAACUUGUAAAAGCCUUUAAGAAGAAAUUUGCCUGCAAUGGUACGGUGAUCGAGCACCCGGAGUAUGGAGAGGUGAUUCAGUUACAGGGGGACCAGAGGAAGAAUAUCUGUCAGUUUUUGAUGGAGAUCAACAUUGUAAAGGAAGAGCAGUUGAAGGUUCAUGGAUUUUAAAAUGCUGGCUCCUUCAGGUCUUUCUAAAGGCCUGUAUAUUAGUAUAUUCACGGCAGGGUUUUCAUGAUCCGAUGUUAAUAACAAUGACAGCAGGGUAAAACGGUUAUUUCUUUUCAGUCAUUUCAAGCCCGAAUCUUCAUAAUGACCUCAAGCAAACCAUUCAAUCCAGGCUGAUCUGAAUUUUUGUUGAUUACUUUUUUUGAACAUUUUAUGAUAGAUACUCAACUGCAUGAUAUCUUUUUAUCAAGGACAAUAAAGUUAUGACUUUGCA